CGAAUCAAGAAAUGGAAGCGUUUACCAAGACCUCCAAAAUUUGCGGGAAUUCCUUGGUUUCUGAUGGAAAAGUACUGAAUGAAUAUAUAAAUAACCAGGUGGCUCUUCAAGUUCCGCAGCCCGGUGAAGCUGUGAUCGAUGCGUCAUAAAUCCAUGAUCGUUCUUUUUCCUUUCUUGUUUUUCGAACCACCAUCAUCCACUACGAAGCACAGGAGAACAUUCUUUAAUCCUUUCACACCUGUCCGCAAACUAUUCUUCAGGCUAGAUUUAUAUAGAUCCUCUUCUGUGGCUCUCGAAAAACAUCAUUCUAGAGAUGCUGACCCUGCUUUUGACAUACCGCCCGCUCAACGUGAUUUUAGGAAUCCACAUUCUACGUUAACGCCAGGAAAUAUCGCCCUACAGAACGAAGACGCCUGUGAAGAUGCUAUCGUAAUUACCACUCUUGACACCGUUCCCUUCUGCUGUCACGAAGAUCUUCUCACCACGUCGCGUCCCCAACUGGCUCAGGUUGCUACCACACUCAAUGCCAGACUUCCCCCUUUGCUUCGUAUUGAUGUAAACCUGAACCGCUCUAACAGUUUCAUCCGGAAUUCCAUCGAAGUCAUUGUGGGUUUACGCAGAGAUGCCCCUCCUGCUCCGAAAACUGUGAGAAUGCGGUCAGGUGAAUUACCAAUGGAGGACGGCGAAGAGAGAUCAGGAAACUGUAGCUGCCUGCAAGCCCAUUGGCUCGCCUCUCCGCACGAGGGACACCAAGGCUGACGAGGAAGAGAAAGAUAGACCAUCGAAGAGGCGUAGGGUAACAUAUAGCGCUACAACACCGACUCCGCUUCCUCGUGCUCUACGU